AUGUCUGAAAGCAAAGAUUUAGAGCUAGAAGUGGGAGCAAUAGAGGCGAUAUACCCUGAAUGCAUAGAGAAACUUGCGUUAUGUAUUUAUAAAUUCAAGGUACCUCAACAUGAACACAUAAUAUUCCAGAUGUCAUUUCCUGAGGAUUAUCCGGAAGCCAAACCUCACGUCCUUGACGUGAUCUCUGAAAAGGAAGGCUUUGAUGAAAAUUAUUUGAUGGAGUUAUUUCAGGAGGUGUUGGAUUCAAUAUAUGUAGCAGGUAAUGUUGUCAUCUUUGACCUUUUCACCGAGCUUGAUGCGGUGCUAUAUACUGGAGAGGAGGAUCAGGAAGUACUUGCCGAUACCGAUCAUUGGAAUACGGAAGACACAGAUUUAGGUUUAAUAUCUGAACAAUUAGCAGCUAGUGCUUUUGAGGAUACAUCAAAAGAAGGUUACUUGAACUAUGUUUACGAUGAAAAACUUGAAAAAGCUAAAAUGACAACACCUAAGAAAAAUCAGACCGUUGACAACAAGAACGGAUCGAGUAUUUUAAAACAGAGAAAUACCUUGGAUGGAUGGUUUAUCAGCGAUCCCAUCUCUGAUCGUAAGUCAACUUUUGUGGCGUUUGCUAUCAAGGUGCAUACAGUGGAUGAAGCUUAUCGACGGUUCCACGAGUUGAUGGAAGACAAGAAGUGUGGCCGUGCCAACCAUGCGAUGAGAGCAUGGAGGAUAAAAGACGAACAAACAGGCGCAAGAUAUCAGGAUUGUGAUGACGAUGGAGAGACUGCUGCUGGGGGAAGAAUGCUACAUUUGAUGACUAUAAUGGAUGCUUGGGACGUAAUGGUCGUUUGCUGUAGAUGGUUCGGUGGUGUCCACAUUGGACCGGACAGAUUCAAGCACAUCAACAGUGCAACCCGAGAUGUCUUGCUCAAGGGUAGUUUUGUUCAACUAGAAUCCAGUUCUGGUAAAAAGUCAAAGAAGAAGAAAUAG